AUGGCGCGGGGACCGGCCGCUGCGCUCGCCGAGGCGGGGAAGCAUCACGGCGGAGGCGCGGUGGCGACCAAGCCCUGGCUGCUGCUCGCCUGGCUGCUGCUCGCCUUUCUGGGACUCUGUGCAGCAUUUGGGCCCAGUAAACCGGAAGAAGAGGACUAUGAAGAUGUCCCCAUAAAUAAGACAUGGGUUUUAUCACCGAAGGUCUAUGAAAGUGAUGUGACCUUGAUUCUGAAUAAACUGCUGCAGGGCUAUGAUAACAAACUACGCCCUGACAUUGGAGUGAGGCCAACAGUGAUAGAGACAGCAGUUUAUGUCAACAGCAUUGGACCAGUUGACCCCAUCAACAUGGAAUACACCAUUGACAUCUUCUUUGCCCAGACAUGGUACGACAGCCGACUUAAGUUCAACAGUUCUAUCAAAUUACUCAUGCUCAACAGCAAUAUGGUAGGCAAAAUUUGGAUUCCUGACACCUUUUUUCGGAAUUCCCGGAAAUCAGAUGCCCACUGGAUCACCACUCCAAAUCGUCUUUUAAGACUGUGGAGCAAUGGCAGAGUGAUGUACACGCUCAGGUUGACUAUUAAUGCGGAGUGCUACCUUAAGCUGCAUAACUUUCCAAUGGAUGAGCACUCGUGUCCACUGGAGUUUUCGAGCUAUGGGUAUCCUAAGAAUGAGAUCAUGUACCGCUGGCAGAGACGCUCAGUGGAGGUGGCAGACCAGCGCUACUGGAGACUCUACCAGUUUGCCUUUGUAGGGUUGAGAAAUACCUCAGAUGUAGCGCACACUCAGUCAGGGGAGUACGUGAUCAUGACCAUCUUUUUUGACCUGAGUCGGAGGAUGGGCUACUUCACCAUUCAGACCUACAUUCCUUGCAGUAUGAUCGUGGUCUUGUCCUGGGUCUCCUUCUGGAUCAACAAAGAUGCGGUCCCGGCCCGCACAUCUCUGGGCAUUACCACAGUGCUCACCAUGACAACUCUCAGCACAAUCUCCAGGAAGUCCCUGCCCAAAGUUUCCUACGUGACAGCCAUGGACUUGUUUGUCUCUGUCUGUUUCAUCUUCACCUUUGCUGCCCUUAUGGAGUACGGCACCCUGCACUACUUCACCAGCAACAGGCAGACCAAGAAGUCCAAGGCCAACAACGCACAGCAAAAGUCUUCUAGCAUGGUGAAUAUCCGUCCUGGAACAUCCCUGGUCCAGAUGAACAAUAUUGUUCCCUAUCAUGAGGAGGAUGACUAUGCCUACGAGUGCUUGGAUGGAAAAGACUGUACCAGUUUCUUCUGCUGCUUCGAUGACUGUCGCUCAGGUGCCUGGCGUGAAAACAGGAUGCACGUACGGGUCUCCAAGAUUGACUCGUACUCGCGAAUAUUCUUCCCCACUGCUUUUGGCCUUUUCAACCUGGUUUACUGGAUAGGAUACCUGUAUUUAUAA